AUGAGACAUCCUGUUGAUUCCUUGGCAUGGGAUAGGAUAAACAAGAAGUGGCCUUCUUUUGGAUUAGACCCUCGAAAUAUUAGAUUUGGCCUUUGUACUGAUGGUUUUAACCCUUUUCAAGAUCUUAGUUCUAGAUAUAGUUGCUGGCCAGUUAUCUUGGUUAUAUAUAAUUUGCCUCCUUGGUUAUGCAUGUCUAAGGAGAGUUUGAUGUUGACUUUACUAAUCCCAGGUCCAAAACAGCCAGGUAAUGACAUAGACAUUUAUUUGGCACCACUUAUAGAUGAUUUAAAAGAUCUAUGGAAUAAUGGGGUGAAGGUGUAUGAUGCAUUUAGUAAGGAGAUGUUCAACCUAAAAUCUGUUUUGAUGUGGACAGUAAAUGACUUUCCAGCUUAUGGAAACCUAUCCGGAUGGUCUACCAAAGGAAGGUUUGCAUGUCCAUGUUUUGACUACUAUUGCAAUGGCUACUAUAACACCAUAUUGCUUAUUGAUUUACAGAAUCUACUUCUACGUCAUAAUUUGGAUGUCAUGGAUGUAGAGAAGAAUAUUUGUGAGAGUAUUAUUGGAACACUUUUACUUAUGAAGGGAAAAUCUAAGGACGGCAUCAAAUCUCGUAAAGACUUGGAAAAUAUGGGGAUUAGAAAAGAUUUGCACCCCAAAAAAACAGGAAAGCGUUUUUAUCUAUCUGCAGCACCUCACACUCUAUCAAAGAAAGAGAAGGAAACUUUUUGUUGGAGGCUUGCCAAUUUAAAACUACCUGAUGGUUAUGGUUCAAAUAUUGGAAAUUGUAUAUCCUUGGAAGAUAGUAAGAUAUUUGGACUCAAGUCCCAUGAUUAUCACAUGCUAAUGCAGCAAUUGUUGUCGGUGGCAUUGAGGGGCCUUUUACCUAAAGGUCCAAGGACUGCAAUUUUUCGGUUGUGUGCAUUCUUUAAUGAGUUAUGCCAAAGAGUUGUAGAUAGAAACAAACUAGAAAAAUUGGAGGAAGACAUUGUACAGACAUUGUGCAUGUUAGAAAGGUAUAUGAAAGUGUUGAAAGGAUAUGUUAUGAAUCGUGCACGACCAGAAGGGUGUAUGGCUGAACGCUACCUAGCUGAAGAGUGUGCUUUGCUAUGUAGCAGGUAUAUAAAGCAAGCUGAUGAUAUAGGCUCCAGGAAGGCGCGCAAUGAAGAGUUUGAAAAUGAUUUACUGAUGGAAGGGCGUCCAAUAUCUCAAGGAAAACAAAUAAUUCUUACAAAUGAGAUGUUACAAAGUGCUCAUCGCCAAGUGUUGUUCAAUAUGGAUGAACUUAGGCACUCAAGUAGACAUCUAUUAAAGAAUGAAACUUUAUUACAGAAAAAGCACGUGGAGUCAUUUAGCACAUGGUUGGAUGCUAAGAUUAGGGCAGAGAAGAUGGUCCACAAUGUGUCAAAUACUUUAAAGUGGCUUGCACGUGAGCCUAGUCGCUAUGGAAUUUCAUAUUCUGGUUUUAUUAUCAAUGGUCUUCGGUUUCACACUAAAGAAUCUGAGAAAUCUCGUCAAAACAGCGGUGUUUCACUUGAAGCAACAACUAUUUGUGUAUCUAGUGCAAGAGACCAUACACCAGUCACAGGGAAAGUAGCUUAUUAUGGGGUUUUGAGAGAAGUCAUAGUCUUGUCAUAUCAUGAAUUUUAUAUUGCUUUAUUCAAGUGUGAUUGGGCAAGCAUUGUGAAUGGCAUCAAACUAGAUGAUGGAUUUACCUUAGUUAACCUCCACGAAGGACAAAGUCAGUUUGAAAGGGAUCCUUUCAUUUUAGCAUCACAAGCUAAACAAGUUUUUUAUUCUAGGGAGGAUGAGACAUCUAGUUGGUAUGUUGUCAUGAAAGCACCUCCCAAAGGAUUUCAAGAUUUGGAGAUAUCCGACGAGAUGGAAAGUGGCACAUCUACCCCAUUUGAUGUAUUAGAACUUGAUUAUGAUGAUGAUGAUGAGAAUGAACAAUAUGUGCGAAUGGACGUCGAUGGAAUGUUUUUUGAUGAGUAG